AUGUUUGGUCUGCUCUGGUCCCACCUGCCAAUCGUCUGGCUGAUGCUGAGUCAGUUUCUCAGAGAAGGCUCCCCUCAAUGGGUGAAUGAUGAAAAGAUUAAGAUAUGUGGUGAUCAAUUUGAUGAUUACGUUAUUGUCUACUGUUUGGGAUCUGAAAAGAUAAUAUCCAAAAUCCAGAUGGACCAGUCAGAAGAAUCUGAGUCACUCACAAAAACAGCACGAUCUUCCAUUGACAAAGAUGCAGGAACCUUUGAUAUGGUGUCAGAAUUCAUGUCUAAUGCACCAAGGGACUCAGUGUAUGAAGGACAGCCACCAUUAUGGAAGGACCUUCUUGUCCAGCUGAAGAGAACUAUAUCUGAUAUUAUCAAAUUAUGUUGUGAAGAAGGUUGUGAUAAAAAAACUUUUCUUGAAGUAUGCACGAUGGAGGAGUGA